AUGAGUCCGGCGGUUCGGGUGGGGAACCCGCGCGGGCCCGGUCCGGGCGCCGCGGUGGUGGCGGAGGAGGAGGAGGAGGCGGCGGCGGUCGCGUGGCGGGAGCUGCGCGGCAAGGCCGCGGAGUUCGCGGCCGCGGCCGAGGAACGGGUGACCCUGGCCCGCCGCAUCGAGGCCGCGCUCCAGGUAAGGAGGGAGGCACUGCGACAGGCGGAGGAACUGGACGAGCUGAGGCGGCGGGUGGACCUCCAGCAAGCGCGUCUGGAGGCGGGCGUCGUCGGCCGGAGGCGGGCGCUCGAGGGCGUGGAGCGGGGGAAGGAGCGGCUGCAGGAGCAGAUCGAGCGGGUGCUGCCGCUGUCGAGGGCCCUCACCGCCGCGCACCAUCGAUUGCAGGAAGCCAAGGAGGCGUUGUCGGGAGACAAAUUCAGACUUAAGGAUCUGCACAGGCUGCUUAGGACGAGGCAGCAGUGCAUGGUUAGCCAGGUUGCUGGUUUGUACCCUGUGAAAGUCUUCCAUGAUCUUCCAAGACAUGUGGAAAACCCUUGUGCUGAUACUAAUGGGGAGCAUGGAACACUUCCAGAGGAAAAUGGAACGUUUUCAGGUGGAAACGGAACACAUUUACCCACCAUUCUCAAAUCUCCACAAGCACAUGUCUGGACAUUUUUUGGCUGGGACAUUAUGAAGCAUAAAAUGAAGCAAAAAAGUUACAGGAACAAGGAGCUUCAGAGGUCCGCAGCUGUUCUGGGAUAUGCAACACAUGCAGUCUUGCUCAUAGCUUGCUAUCUUGAUGUUCCCCUCCGAUAUCCCUUGCGCUUUGGAGGAUCCCGAUCUUAUGUGAGCGAUCGCUUGCCUUCAGCUGAUACAGCAUCGGCUGCUUUAGCAAGUACCAGGAACAUCGAAUCAGAACGAACAGAGUACCCCCUUUUCCUGGAAUGCCAAGAAGACGACUCCACUAGUGCCUCCUAUGCCAUUUAUUUGUUGCACAAGGAUAAGGAGCAACUUGUGAACUAUGUUGGAGCAGAGAGCUGUGGAAGGCACGUGUUUGGUAACCUGCGAGAACUUCUUAGGAUCAUACAGUCUGAUGAGUUUGUGUACAGAUGA